GCCCUAAAUAGCUCGGCUAUCUCGUUUUAUCGAGUGUUGUGUCUCACUCACACACUGCCCUCUCGCUCGAUACGCCAGGCCAGUGUCAGUUUUGUCGUCGCUGUGAUACUACGUUUGUCGACCGGUGUUAAAAUAUUUUAUCAUUUUGUCUUAAGAAAGUAUUGAAAAUUAUUGUAAUAGUCCAAUGAAGGAGGAGAUUGAGGAGCCCGUUCAUUCCGAGCGGUAUUCUGUAAUGAAGGACGAAGACUGGAUGACCAGGGGUGGAAGUAUCUGGAGCCAUACACAGGAGCGGGCAGUCACUAGAGUCAAGACUUCCAGAUGUCGCGCCACGACCUGCCAGCUGGUGCAGCUGGUCAAGUUCAUGGAGAGACACCCUGAACUGGCUGUGUCCCACGCCAAACCCUUCCCGGGCAGCGAUGAGUUGUGGAUGGAGCUAGCUGAGCAUAUCAACCAGUUUGGGCCACCGAAGAACUACAAACAAUGCAAGACGACAUGGCGAGACCUCAGAAAGCGCGCGUUCGCCAUGCAACGCAGCCGCAACAAGAAAGGCACUGGACGCAAUCUGUACGGGAUGGCGCCCAAGAUCAUCAGCCUUAUGACCCAGGCCGGCAUGGCGCCUAAAUUCAAGAAAGAAGACGAUGAAGGAGGCAGCUCCUCAAGGCCGGAGACUCCACCGCCAGUACGAGACCCUUUACCAGAACCAGUACCCGGACCUGCAGCAGAGGACGGCCAAGUUGAGAAGACUAAAGGGGAACAGCUCGUGAUUAGGGUGACAGACAAUAUGAACUCCAAAAGAAACGUUUUCAACACGUUCACCAUCAAUGAUGGCCAUUUUGAAAACGUUAUCGUCAAGGAGGAAAGAUUGGGAGGUGACUACCAGCCGGAAGAACAAGAGAUGGAACCAACAGAAGAUGAGGUGGAUGAGCCCCAUGAUCAAGAAGAGAUGUUCCCGCAGCCUGAAGCCAUCUUGGGGGGCAUGGAUGAGGUGAUGGAGGAGAAGAAUUCCGUGAUCAGGGACCUGAACGACACCCUUCGCAAGUUUUUAACCGAAUACAAAACACGUAAUGCAUUAAUGCGCGAACGCAUAGAUCUCGAAAGAGCGCGUCUACAGUUUGACAUGGAAGUUUACAGAAAUAGGCAAAUGGAAAAACGUGUUAUAGCAGUGAAUGCUGCCAAUGCUGCUAAUGUCAUAAAUGCUGCAAGCGCUGCUAAUGCAAUGAAUACGAAUGCAGCUAAUAUUAUGAAUGUGAAUUCAGCUAAUGUCAUAAAUGCUGCAAACGCUGCAAAUUUCAUGAAUGCUGCAAGUGCUGCUAGUGUCAUGACUACGAAUGCAGCUGUAAUGAACAAUGCUGGAAACGUUAGCAAUAACACUAUAACUGUUGGUAAUGCUGGCAAUGUAAAUAAUGCUAAUGUUAGAACGGUCAACGCGUCAAAGGCUGAAAAGACAGCAAAUGUAACUACAGCUAAUAAUGUUGUAAAUGUAACAAGUGUUAGUAAUGCUUCUAAUGUUACUACAGUUGCUGCUGCAAGUUCUAACGCAGCCAGUACUAGUAAAGCUAACCCUAUAAUCACUAUGAACCCUACGAAUACUGCAAAUACUGGAAACGCUAAUAAUAAUCGCCCUUCUAAUCCUGUCAUGACGCUUAAUCCUAUAACCUCUAGAAAAUUUGGAAAUACUGGAAUCUCUGUUAAAAUUGGAAACUCUGGCGUCGAAAACACUUCUAAUGUUGCUGCCAAUUCGCCAAAUGCUGCAAACGUGAAAAAUGUUGAUAAUACUAAUAUUACUAAUACAGAAAGUUCUGGUAAAACUGAUGAUGAUUCUAAUGUGAAAAUAGAAGACGCUAUGGAUGAAACUUAGAUUAAAUAGAUUAAAUAAAUAGAAGAAUAUUGAAUUAUUAAAGCAAGGCUAUUUGUUUGUCUUAUGAAUAGUAGUAAUUUUCACAAUAUAUAACAAGUUCAAUACAAUACAUAGAAAAUUCAAUAAUUAAACAAACUAUGUUACAA